AUGACCGCGCCGCCAUUCGGGGAGAUCGUUCGAAGUUUGUCGCUGAUGCCAACAGAAAUGGCCCACGCGAUCAUCGAAGAUCUUCGUGUUUUUGACGUGCUCAACUUAUUAGUAUGCGACGAUCCCAGAGUCACUGCUGCAAUUUCUUCUCACCGCGGCUGCCAAGCUGUAUUCGGCACAGCCCCUGGCACGUUCUGCGAAAGGAAAGAACUGAUCAAAAAGUACUGGGCUCUGGCCAAUCGGAUUGGUAGCGGCUCUAUAAACUUCUGGUAUAGAUCUGUCAUUGCGUUCAAUGUCAACUGUGCCGGAUUGCAGCACCUCCCUUCAAUCCUCGACGACCUUCACGCUCACGUAUUGGAGUACAUCAAGGACCAGACCAGUGUGGUGAAUAUGAAUCGGUUUACUGUUAGCUCCAAGGGGAUUCCGCCGGUUACAUCUGCUUCAUCUGUUGCACAGCUCGAAGAAUGCUGUACAGCCAUACGUGAGGCCAAAACUCACUUUCUCGAAAAAGCCUCGGGCCAAUUACGCCGGGCGUGUAUCUUGCUGGAAAAUAACCCCGAUCUCUUGAAACGCACCAUGGAUCCAGAUCAGAAACCGCGGCCGAAUACUGCGCACAUCGUCGCCAGGAUGAACUUUGUCGCCGACAAGAUUUCUCAGAGCAAUUUGCAGGACCCAGUGCACACCGAGUACUACCGCUACACGUUUUUCCCAGUGAGUCCAUUUGACUCUUCUUUGGCAGAGUUGCUUCAGAUGAUGGAUCAUUUUGAUAUCAUCGGCGGAGGUGAGCUCUUGCUCAACAAAGAUGGCUCCUCCGCUUGCAAAUGGCAGCAUGCCCCUGCGGUUCAUGGGCUUGCGCGUGUCGUGAUUGAUGGUAUGGCCUACCAUCACAACUUUUGGCCCAAGGAUCAGGGCCAAUAUAGAAAUUCACAAGUCGUGAAUAAGAAGGGCGAUACGUUCCGAACAGGAAAUACACCUUGGUCUCAGCAACUUGACUUGAUCUUGGAUGAGUCAGUGCGAGGACCGUUCUUCGCACCUCAUAAAUUGGGAACAAUGAAACAAUGGAAUCGACCACGAGAAUGUGCCGGAUGCGAGCCCUUUGAUGAUAAGGAAGAAGAAUGGCUGACUUCGUUCGUGGAGCUAUAUCGGUAUCUCGAGGCAUUGAAGAACAAGCCGAACACGUCUAGAUGA